CCUAAAUAUGGUACCAAAAAAAUCAAUUUGUAAACAAAUAAAAACAAAAUAAUUCAUGGGUUGAAAUUUCAAGAGGGAAUCGGAAACUAAAGUAUUGAUCUUUCCAUGCUAGUAUUGAUCUGUUACUGAUACCAACUUGGUAUUGAUAUUACCUCUAUUACCUGAACCUCCAGCAACAAUCACAGAGUUUAUUGACAUACAGGAAUUAAAGUCUUUGGCGCUCGGGCCCGGCUGGGGAUAACAGUUAUCGCAGCGUUAGCGAUAAGCUUCGGAUGAGCAUUCCCGAUGCUGUUAGGGACGUCAUCCCCCCUGACCCGGCACUGGAGGUGGAGGUUGGAGAAGGGUGCGGGCCUCAGGACCGGGCGAAUGAAUGGAGGAGAAGGGGAGGUGGUGGGUCGAGCUCGGUUGGAGACUGAAGGACGCCAUGGAUGAAGGUCCUUAUCAGCUGGGACUUGAUCGAUGAUUGGAUGUGACGUAGCUUGCUCCGGUGUUGAUAGGUCGACGGUCGUGGGCAGGUCGCUUCACUUAACGAGUCCCGGUGGGGAUAGAAGAGUCUUCCAGUUUGAAUUUACGCCUAGGCUUCAUGAUGAUGUAUAAAUUUGAACUCCAUAUUAUAUGCAUUACAUGCAACAUUUCUUAAAUGUUCUGAACUGGAUUUUCAAAAAUUCUGCUAUGUAACAGUAAGUUAAUAUAUUUGUUCUAAACAGUUGAAAUUUAUAGAGAUUGUUUUUUAAAAGUGAAAUGAAAUUUAAUCUGGGAUUGAACUAGAUUAAAUUUCAUCUAGUUCGGGGCACUAACUCCAAAAGGUUUAGGGGUGGAAGUUGGGACAGACAUCAGAAAUAACGUAAAAGUGUCACGUUGUGUGGUGGUGAAGGUGAGGCAGACACUGCGCAAACCAGCUUGGAGUGCAUAAAUAAUAUGUUUAAUGAAGAAAACCAGAAACACGAGGAACAGGACGCCAAGUGUGAUGUAUGACGAGGAUCCGACCAGACACAGAGACACAGGUGACACUAAAUACACAGAGGGUAAUCAGGGAACGAGACACACCUGGGAACUAAUCAAGGGGAGACAGGACAACACGGAGACUCAGACACACAGGAAACUUCAAAAUAAACACAGGAAAACACAGAACAUGACAAAAGGGGCAGUAGCCCAGGGCUCAAGUUUUGGAUGGAGGUGGCAUUUUUUGCGUCUCAAUGUGCAUAAUUUACAGACAUCGCAACGCAAAUUAAACUCAUUCCACAUGUGGCAAUUUUCUUAAAUGUUGUUGGAUUUUUAUUCAAUUUAAAUAAACAGCACUUACAUAUUUAGAAACCGUGAAGUUUUUGGGACCAACAAUCUAUGUACAUAUGCCUACUAGUAGCUGCGUUUUCAUGACAAAUGUGAGAAAAAUGUUGAAAAAGCACAAUUUUGCAAUUGCGGUGUUUCCAUGAAAUGAGAAAAGAAAAUUUAAAUCACGCAUGAAAACGUUUGUUUAUUGUUGAUCACUUGACUGUGAUGCAACAAAAAAAAAAAUCUGUUUCCAUUGCAGUUUUGUUACACACGUCUAUUUCCGCAGGGCUGAAAAACCACCUCAUGCUAGCUCAAAAACAUUUUCCCAAAAAACUUGAUUUUUCUUUUUUUCGUAAUCGACGUGUUUACUCAUUUCAAUUUGCGCAGUUCUAUGCUUCAUGGGAACGCAGAUAGGGUUCUGAACCCAGGGGUUCUUAUUCUAAUGAAUCCAGCCCUGUAUGUGAGUCAUGAGGCCAAAAGCAUACAAACGCUUUCAGAAAAGGUAAUGAGGUGGGUCUUGCUUCCUUGAACCACCACUCCCCCAGAUCCCCCCUCCUGCUCUGGCGUGCAGAGGCAGCACAAGCUGGGUUUCCCCCAUUCAUGAAGGCAACACUGACUCAUUCCUGCCAGCCUCUUGGACAUUCAGCCACCUGCAGGAACGUUUUACAACUCUCAUGUUACCUCCUAUAUUCCCAAAAUAACCAGGCAACAUCGCUGCACCCCCUACAAACCCCUCCUCCCCCAAAUCCUCCAGUUCCCACCUCCCUCCACCCAAGCACCCCUUCCCCUAACUCCUCCCCACCCUCAGCCACAUGCUUCCCCGUUAUGUACAUAAAUCAGGCGCCCGCCGCCGCCGCUGUGAGGGGCUGUGCAGGCAGACAGGAGAGGCGCACAUGCACACCGCACCGCCUCGGCUCCUGCCACUGCAGCCGGAGUGCAGCGGAGCAGACCGGGAGGCGGAAUGGCCUGAGCUCGGCUCGACUCGGAUCGCCUUGACGCGGCGAGAUGCUGCUCCUCUAACCGGCCGCCUGUCCGUUGCGUGUCCGCCCGUCUGGCCGGCCGCAUUGCUGCAGUGCUGCUUUUUUUUUUUUCUUUCUUUUUCUUUUUUUUUUUCCUUCUUCCAGGUGUUGUGUGUGCGCGUGAGCGUGCUCGCGCGCGCGAGCGUCCGUCGUAUAGCCUGGUGGUAAUUCUUGUACCGAGUCGGAGGAGUGGGUGGAGGGGGGGCUGGGGGAGAAGAAGAAAACAGGAGUCUGAUGUCACAUGUGCUUCAUCGGAGGAGACGGGGCAUCUGCGAGCCGGAUUCUGUGGAGGAUGCUGCGGCAAGUGAUACACAGAGGGCUCAGGGCUUCCUUCUACUGGCUCGGCUUGUUCGUCAGCAGGCACCCCGUCUUCUUCCUCACCGUCCCCGCGGUGCUCACCAUCAUCUUCGGCUCCACCGUGCUCAGCCGCUUCAAGCCCGAGCGGGACCUGGAGGUGCUGGUCGCCCCGACUCACAGCCUGGCCAAGAUCGAGCGCAGCCUCGCCAACAGCCUGUUCUCCAUCGACCAGUCCAAGCACAAGCUGUACUCGGAUCUGCACACGCCCGGCAGAUACGGCCGGCUCAUCCUGCUGGCCAGGUCCGGCGGCAACAUCCUGGAGCUGGCCGACCAGGUCCUGCAGGUCCACCGGCAGGUGCUGGAGCUGCGCGUCACCUACAAGGGCUUCAACUACACGUUCGCGCACCUGUGCGUGCUGAGCCACCGGGACCGGCGCUGCCUCCUGGAUGACAUCGUCACCGUGUUCCAGGACAUCCAGCAGGCUGUGCUGUCCAACAGCAGCUUCCACAAGGUGCCGCUCAGCUACCCCAACACCACUCUAAAGGAUGGACGUGUGUCCUUCAUCGGCCACCAGCUUGGUGGGGUAUCCUUCUCACCCAACAGUCGGGACCAGCAGGUCAAGUUUGCCCGGGCCGUCCAGAUCACAUACUACCUCCGUAGCAUCGGGCCUGUCGUGCAGGACGUCAUCGCAGAGCGCUGGGAGAACGAGUUCUGCGCUCUGGUCACCAGACUGUCCACGGCCGAGGCGCCGCACCCGACCGACCAGCUCCACAUCCUGUCGCUCACUUCCUCCAGCCUUUGGCGGGACUUCCACCAGACCGGCAUGCUGUCCAAAGGGGAGGUGCUGGUCAGUCUGGUUCUGGUGCUCCUGGCUGCCACCAUUUCCAGCUCCAUGCGGGACUGCCUGAGGGGGAAGCCUUUCCUCGGCCUCCUGGGCGUGCUGACCAUUUGCAUCGCCAACGUGACAGCUGCAGGGAUCUUCUUCAUAUCGGAUGGGAAGUUCAACUCCACACUGCUGGGAAUCCCGUUCUUUGCCAUGGGUCAUGGAACCAAAGGGGUGUUUGAACUACUGGCAGGCUGGAGGAGAACAAGGGAAAACCUUCCCUUCAAGGAGCGCGUGGCCGACGCCUUCGCCGACGUGAUGGUGUGCUACACCAUGACCAGCUCGCUCUACAUCAUCACCUUCGGCAUGGGAGCCAGCCCUUUCACCAACAUCGAGUCGGUGAAAAUCUUCUGCCAGAGCAUGUGCGUGGCCAUCCUGGUCAACUACUUCUACGUUUUCUCUUUUUACGGCUCCUGCCUGGUGUUCGCCGGACAGCUCGAGCAGAACCGCUACCACAGCGUUUUCUGUUGCAAGAUCCCCUCAGUGGAAUACUUGGACCGCCAGCCGACAUGGUUUAAAACCAUGAUGAGCGACGGCCACGACCUGUCCACCCACCACGACAGCGUGCCGUACCAAAAUCACUUCAUCCAGCACUUCCUGCGUGAGCAUUACACCGAGUGGAUUACUAACACCUACGUCAAGCCUUUCGUGGUCAUCCUUUAUCUUAUCUAUGCUUCUUUUUCAUUCAUGGGAUGUUUACAAAUUAGUGAUGGAUCGAACAUAGUGAACCUGCUGGCUAGUAACUCGCCAAGCGUUUCGUACGCCGUGACCCAGCAGAAGUACUUCAGUAACUACAGUCCUGUGAUUGGGUUUUACAUCUACGAGCCCAUCGAGUACUGGAACUCCACUGUGCAGGAGCACCUGAAGACUCUCAGUCAUGGCUUCAACAAGAUCUCUUGGAUGGACAACUUUUUCCACUACCUCCGGGUGGUGAACAUCAGCGCGUCGACCAAGAGUGACUUCAUCAAUAUUCUGAAGGGUUCUUUCCUGCGCAGCCCGGAGUACCAGCACUUUACAGAGGACAUCAUCUUCUCGAAAAACCGCAACACUGACGAGUACGACAUCAUCGCCUCGCGCAUGUACUUGGUAGCGCGGACCACGGAGAAGAAGAGAGAGGAGGUGGUGGAGCUCUUGGAGAAGCUUCGCCCCUUGAUGCUGAUCAACAGCAUCAAGUUCAUUGCCUUCAAUCCCACGUUUGUUUUCAUGGACCGCUACAGUUCCUCCGUCAUCUCGCCCAUCCUGACCUCAGGCUUCAGCGUGCUCACCAUCCUCAUCCUCACGUUCUUCCUGGUCAUCAACCCAUUGGGAAACUUCUGGCUCAUUCUCACGGUUACGUCCGUGGAGCUGGGCGUCUUGGGUUUGAUGACCCUCUGGAACGUCGGCAUGGACAGCAUCUCAAUCCUGUGCCUUAUUUAUACUCUCAACUUCGCUAUGGAUCACUGUGCACCACACCUGUACACUUUUGUGUUGGCCACUGAGCACACGAGGACGCAGUGCAUCAAGUUGGCACUGGAGGAGCACGGGGCGGCCAUCCUGCAGAACACGUCCUGCUUCGUGAUUGGGAUCAUGCCUCUAGUGUUUGUGCCUUCCAAUUUGACCUACACGCUGUUCAAGUGCUCCCUGCUCACGGCGGGCUGCACCUUGCUGCACUGUUUCGUCAUCCUGCCCGUCUUCCUGACGUUCUUUCCGCCGUCCAAAAAGAGGCACAAGAAGAAAAAGCGGGCGAAGCGGAAAGAGCGGGAGAGGGAACGCGAGCGGGAGAGGGAACGGGAGGAGAUAGAGUGCAUCGAAGUCAGGGAAAAUCCUGAUCACGUGACAAACGUUUGAGCAGUUGCUAACGUCAGUGAUCAGUAACCGUGGCUUAUUGGUAGACUCUCAGAUGCUGAGGCAUCUCUUACGAUGCAGGGGAGCGUAUGGUGUCCGCCACGGAGUGGUUGCUCCCUAACAACAGCAGCUAAGCUGACCGGGUUCUAGCGCAGCCCCAACUGGUCGAUCAUUCAGUCCCUCGGUCCAGACAGUAUGUCUCAUUAGCACAAACUGGUUACUUGAGCUUUCCCCAACUCCUAGAAAUACAAAACAAUUUAGUUACCAAAACUUGCCUGCUAAAGAAAACUGCAGAAAUACAAUAAUAUCUGGGUUUUGAAGUUACCAGUUGUGUGUUCAUCUCCUGCAGUCGUCUCUCAAUAAACAGAUGAGGGUCAUAGAAGUUCCUUAAGGGGCGGACACUGAGACGCGUCAGUAAGAGUGAUAUGUGAGCAGAUAAAACAGACAAAGACGACUCUUACAUUAACCCCCUCCAUAUCAGCAUAAGGAGACAAAACCAAAUCACGUGCAGCGAGAAAAAUACAGUAGGCCGAAAGCCCACUGCAUGCUUUUCUGUAGCAUCAAAAAUAGCUCCACAACAGCUGAACCUGGCAGAUGGCUUACACUGUGUCCUUUACGAAGCACUAUCUUCCACGUUAAAUUGCGAGGAUCGAAUUGUCCGGGGUUCAGCAAAAGCAGAGGGAGAAAAUUCAGUUUGUUCCAGAGUUUUGUAGGAAUUCUUAAGCAGGGGCCAGAAAAUGCUGCAGUGAGCCGCAGAGGGCGAGAGCCGGUGGGAAGGGACUGUUGUACAGCAGCAGCAUUUCAAAGGCAAUAAGCCUAGCAGCAGAACUCCAGUGUCGUGCAUUGAAAACGUUAAAACCAAAAUGUCGGCUUAAUAUGUUGAGCUCUUCAGCGGAUCAAUCACAACAGAAACUCUCAGUUACGGCGCGGUUGGUGAUUGUUUGUGUCAGAGUUGAACGCGUGUUUCAGUUCCUAUUAAUGGUGCCAAAUAGUGUACAGAAGCUUUUGUUCUCUAGUUGUUGUUUUUUUAGGGUUUUUUUUAAUUAAAAAUAAAAUCUCAGUAAGUUUUAACUAUUCAUGAGAAAAGAAAAGACCAUGAAUUGAAACCCCUUCAUUCCAAAACUGACUGCUGUUGACUGAAAAUGAUGACGCAGGUUUUACAAAAAAAAAAAAAAAAUGAGGCUAGUAAAUAACUAUACUAUAGUAUAAGGGGAAAAAAUUACCUUGGAAAAAAAUCCUAACAAAAUACAUAUUGCAAUUCUUAAUUAUUUAGCAUUUUCCAGAUGAAGUAGUUGUUUUUUUGUUUUUUUUUUCUGAAAGCAAUGGAUUUCUAUUAAUACAAAUUUAAUUUCUUUGAUUUUUUUAUUUAUUUUAUUAUUAUUUUCACUUUUACAUCUAAACCCCUUUAGCCAUUUACACUGACAAAACAAAUAGAGCCAAAGCUACAAAUGGUUGAGUUACUUUUAUACUUUUGACCAGGUAAUAUUGAUGGACGCCAUCAUUAAGAUUCUGAACAGAAAAACAGAGAGAAAAGCAGGAAAGCUGGCUAGUAAGAACGACAAAGCAUUAUAUAGCUAAAUAAAACAUUUCUAUACUGUAUGGCAUUUGGCAUUGUCCAGUAUUGGUAAUGAUAGCAUCAAGUAAAUGUAGUAGCGAUUCAGGUUACAACGAUGCUAAUACGCAAAUUUCAAACAAAAAAACAAUUAACAUAACUUCUGCUAAUAUGCCAUAGUGAAUAUUACACCCAUGAUAAUACAAUUAUUAUUUUUGGGCAGUACCAUAGAAUAUGCUCCUGCUGACCUUAUUAGUAGUGUAGAUUUAUUGUGUAGACUAUGAGUGGUGGCCGGUGCUUCUGUCUGUUUUUCUCUACUGAAAAGGUUUAGAAACAAGCAAACUUCCUGUUUUCGGAAGCCAAAUGAAGGCCUGGAUUUGUUAGGAAGAACUAGUAACAGCUGAUGGUUCGGUUACAUCAGACAAAAGCACCAGAGUUCAGAUGCUACUAUCAAUGUAAGAAAAAUAAUUUAAAACAUCCAAAAAAAAAAAAGCUGGGGGAUAUUGAUUGAUUGAUUUUGUUUCUGAAUGGACCGCGCAGAAAGUUAUUACUUCACUGUGGGGGGAUUUGUUUUACUUCAUAGAUGCUAACAAAACAUAGCCUGUUGCUAACGUUUGUUUCAAAAUUAUUCCAAACGUCUCCGAAACCCUUGGGAAAAAGAACAAAAAAUAAAUAAAUAAAAAAAAACAGUGAUUGUUGAUUCCUUCUUUAGAAAACGAUGUGCCUGACCUGUUUCAGAAGCACUCGGCUUAGCCUUGUAUCUAAACAUUACGAGAAUUUUGGUUCUUCUUCUGGCACGCAGGAUGGAGCAGGAAGCCCUACUCUGAACCCAAAAUGAAUAAAAGAAACUGUAAGUAGCUCCUCUUUUAACAAAAUUUCAACUGUGGGAACUUGACAGAACAUUUUAGUAGUUUUCUAGCCUGGUAAAAACCAGUCCCAAAAAGUAAACCAGAGGGUCUGGACCCUCGGCCAUUGAAAAAUGAUUUCUUGCUGGAAGGGUAGACUCUGUUCAAGUUUUUAAUUCUACCCAAUCGCCAACGUGUGGCCAUGACAACAAAAACAAUUUGGGGUUUAGCAAUUUGGCUCAAUGCUAUGGCUCAACUGCCAGGGCUGUAAAAUCCAUCCACCACUGCCAAGGCGGAAGUGCUGAGCCAAACAGGACGGCUAUAAAUGUUAAUCUAAAAAUUUGGAAGCGUAGCCAGAACAAAUUGAAUGACUUUGUUCACUUCCUCUUCUGCCAUUCCUAAAACUACAGUCAGAUUGCAAUUCUAAAACAGCUCAGAAAAUCGAAAUCAACACUCCUCCCUGUGUUCGCUGAUUGGUUGAAAUCCUACCGGGAAAAUCCAGCUCAAUGGGAGAAACCCCAAACGGAGCACUGAAGGGAGAUGAGAAUUGCGUAGGAAGGUAUAGGAAUGUGAUAACCAGGCUGGCAGUUUUUGACUUUUAACCUUUGGUAUAUUUGACAUAGAACGAAGCUCAUGCCUACUAAAUCCUCCUUGCUGCAAAACAUCAAAUAAAAUCGCAUAAGUAAUAAUUAUAUUGUCCUCUACACAUACUAAAAUGGCUAACUUCACCUCCCGGGGUAAACAGGAUUAUCUUCUUCUACCACAGCUUGAUGAGUGUCCCUGUUGAGCUCCCACAACAAACCCCUACAGAUGACCUCUGGCAGGCAAGUCUUAGCUGGUGGAGUGUAAUAAAUGGAGAGGGGCCCCAUAUGUGCGCAGAUAUAGCUGAUUAUAAGCCAGUCGAUAUCUUCCUAGAGGGCUGCUAAAGCUGGUUUAGAGGGAAGAGCUACUGUUUUGUUUCUUUGUACCAGCACCAACACGGUGAGGUUUCCUCGUACAGCUUGACUAAUACCGAAGUCGGAAGCGGGGUCGCAAUCUUCACGCAGAAGCAAAUUUCAUUGUGGAAAAUGCAUUGUUCCACGAAGGAUAGCAAACGUUUUAGUUAUUAACCAUCCAACUGUUACUGAGCCCACAUUUAUGUGCACCUUAACUUGACUUCAAAAUUUUGGACAAAAGUAAUAAAAAAAAAAAGAGAGAGAGAGAGAGAGGAAAAAAUAUGUUCCCAAUAGUCUACUAUGAAUGAACACUGUUAGCGGGGUUAGAACGUGUUUGUGUGAAUUUCUCACUGAAGUUGCAAUUUCAUCGACGAGACAUUCGCCCCUGCAGAAGAAUUAGGCCCUUUUGUAGCCAUUUGCCACAGCAGAUGCAGUGAAUGUCGCAUACUGUAAAACCCAUGUCAUGUAUGUAUAGCCAGAUGGCAUGAAAUGUUUGAAAAACGGUACUGAAAUGCAAAUCUUUACUAAUUUACUUCCCAAAAAUGAACUGUGUUCGCAUGGCAUUGUGUUGUAUGUAUGCAUGUAUUUCUUUUUUUGUUUGUUUUUCUUCUUUUUUCCCUGUAUGAAGUCUCCGCAAUUUUUAGAAAUUCCUCUUUUUUUUUUUUUUUUUCUUCUUUUUUCUCUCCCUGAGCUACGGUGACUUCUGUUUGUUGUGAUGCAUAUUCUGUGACACCUUGUGCUGCAAAAGAACAAAACGAGUCAUAUCUGUUCCAAAACAAAAAGCCAGAGGACAUUUGAAGUGUAAGAUAACUGUAAAUUGCUCUUUUUUUUUUUUAAAUUAUUUUCUAUAAAAAGUAUAACACAGAAAGAUUUUUAACGACGGAAUUUUGUUAUAAAAACGAAAAAAGAGGGGGAAAAAAAAAAAAGACAAACAAAGUAGGCCAGUAAUAAAAAGUGGAAUGUUACCAGAAUGCUACAUCCAGUUUGUUACACAGCUGUCAAUUUUAUUUAUUUUUUUGGUUGUUGUUGUUUUGUUUUUAAUGGAUUUUGAGGCCACCAUGAAUGUCUAUAUUAUGUUUCCUGACACAUUUAUCAUCACGAAGGGACAACACAACAUUUACGGGAAGCAAAUCCCUUUGCAGCUUGUUCAAAAAAAUCUGAACAACUGUGCUACGUUACAGCAGAAAAACGUUAGGUUAGACAUGUAAAAUAUAGUCCAAAUGAUAUAAACCUUUGAUGUACUCCACUCUAUAGCAGGCAAUGCCCGGUAGCAAAGCUAUGUAGACUCGUUGCUAAAUGCUUCUCAAGCUUAAUUUCCAAAAUUAUCUGCUUUAAUAUCUUUGCAGUCGACAUUUACUGCCUAGUAGGCUACAGUUUUGUCCAAGUGAUUGCACGUUACACUGAAUUCAGCAAAAUUUGCCUAUUUGCAUAGAAAGUAAUUAAAAAUGAUUAGGGAAAAAAACGCUAAAUCAUUAUCAUCUUAUCAUAAGCUGCUAAACAAAAUAUAAUGAGGGGAAGGCAUUAUAUUAGCAUAAAAUUUUAUUUAUAACUUAUUAUUUAUGAAGGGUUGGCCAAACCUUAACUAAUCUGUAACUAAGCACUGACUAUCACUACAGACCCAGACAGGUUUCCAAAGAUAAUUUUUGACUGUAAAAAAAAAAGACAUGUUCUGGUAAUGAAAAAAUGCUUAAGCAGCUGCGCCCCGUUAGCAGGUGGGACAGCGUCAACAUGAACAGCUUUAAAAGUCAAAACAUUUACACUAUUAUUUUGAGCACUGCUGGCGUAAUGCUAGGCUAGGCUAAGGACGUCAAAACACAACCGUAGCUUGCGUUUUCUCUAACACUAUUUCCUGUCAGUAGUAACAUUUGGUUCAAAGUCGGAUUAAAAUGAGACAGAUUUUCAAAAAUGGACACCUUUCCAGGAAAGGAAUUUUGCAGUUUGACUAAUUUUAUACUCAAUUCUUUUCUUGCCGCGGGACACUUAAAUCUGCUUUGGAAUCAUUUCGUAGCCGCUUUGACAAGCAAUGAUUUCUAGUAAGUUUCUAUGAUCUGUUUAUGGUUUUCUGUGAGGAAACACGCUUACUGUAUGUUACUGAUAAAUCUUGCCGAUACUCCGAACAGUGAUCUUGGUGUAAUCAGGGAUUAUAACGGCUAAUAUUUUAAGAGAGUCAGCUGGUCUGGAAACAGGGUGUAAUAUUAAAUCAAGCAUUUUUUUUAUGAUUAUUUAUCUCCAUUAUUCAUAUUCAAAAGCACAAAUACCAAAAAAA